GGCGGUGCCGUGUCAUGGAGGCUCAGUCUCCGAGCAGCCAUUGAAGGGGAAGGAACUGCGGGUGUGUGUAUGUGUGUGUGUGUGCGCGCGUGUGCGUGCGUGCGUGUGUGUGCGCGCGCGAGUGUGUGGACAAGGAGGUGGGGGCAGCCGAGUUAGAGUCCCAACUCCUUGGACUCCAUUUGCUAUCUUCUUUCUCCCCCACACCUAUCUGGUGGUAGUGGGCGUUUAUAUUUGCGUUUCUUUUCAUUCAUUUCCAAAUCUUUAAAAUUUUUAGGGUUGGGGGUAGUGGGAAGGCAGGAAAGGGGAAGGGAGGAGAGUAGUGGCAGAAGAGCAGGAGGAGGACAUGGAGAUGAAGAAGAGGAUUAACCUGGAGUUAAGGAACAGAGCCCCGGAGGAGGUGACAGAGUUAGUCCUUGAUAAUUGUCUGUGUGUCAAUGGGGAAAUUGAAGGCCUGAAUGACACUUUUAAAGAACUAGAGUUUCUGAGUAUGGCUAAUGUGGAGCUAAGUUCACUGGCCAGGCUUCCCAGCUUAAAUAAACUUCGGAAGUUAGAACUUAGUGACAAUAUAAUUUCUGGAGGCUUGGAAGUCCUAGCAGAGAAAUGUCCGAAUCUUACCUACCUCAAUCUAAGUGGAAACAAAAUCAAAGAUCUCAGUACAGUAGAAGCUCUGCAAAAUCUUAAAAAUUUGAAAAGUCUGGACUUGUUUAACUGUGAGAUCACAAACCUGGAAGAUUAUAGAGAAAGUAUUUUUGAACUGCUGCAGCAAAUCACCUACUUAGAUGGAUUUGAUCAGGAAGAUAAUGAAGCACCAGACUCUGAAGAGGAGGAUGAUGAGGACGGAGAUGAAGAUGACGAAGAUGAAGAAGAAGAUGAGGCUGGUCCACCUGAAGGCUAUGAGGGAGAAGAGGAGGUGGGCCUCUCAUAUUUGAUGAAAGAAGAAAUUCAGGAUGAAGAAGAUGAUGAUGACUAUGUUGAAGAAGGGGAAGAAGAAGAUGAAGAGGGUGAGUUAUAGUAGCCAUAAACAAAUUCUGAGAUCAGAGAUACUGUAUUUUUUAUGGACUUUGAAAAAUAAGACUAUAAUGUAAACUAUUACUGAUCAUUUUGUUUUGCUGUAUUUAUCAAAGUGCCUUGAAGGGUUUUAAGAAGUCUUUUUUUAAAGUCUCAGGGCAUUCAUUAAUUUCAUUGUGGGGAGGGAAUUCCAGCUUAUAACAUUUACGAGAGGUCCUCAAAAAGUUCAUAGAAAGUGCAUAUUAGGAAAAAUGUAUGCAUGGCUACAAUUUUUUUUCUACCAAAAUAAAUUCAGAUUUUUAAUUUAAUUUUUCCACUCAUUUUUUUUUUCCCCCAUUCAUUUUUUUGAAAUCCCCUCAUACUUUAAAAACAGGAAUGAAAGCUCUGGAGCUUUGAGCUCAGUGUAUUUUCCCCUCACUUUGGAGACAGAAGCCUAUCUAAAAAGAAGAAAAGCCACACUUCAGAUCGUGUCCUUUUUAGAUUUGCCCGCUGGUAUGCUGUACCUAUGUCUUCCAAAAUAAUUUUUAAAAAACCUUUGUUUCUUGAUCUGUACUUCACUGUAUGCCCACAAGGGUGCAUAGCAAGCUGUCAUUAUUUCUGGAUUCGAAGUCUGUCAGUUCAGUACACAGAAGUCCAGAGAAAUUCAGAGAGAAAACUUAACCUGUAUAUUUUUAUCUGCCAUUAACUUUUCACUAAGAUUCAAAACUCUGUAACUUAAUAGAUGUUUAUUUGUUAAAAGCAUUCUACACCUUUUCUUCCACACUUCUUUCAGAAGAUGAAGGUCUUCGAGGAGAGAAGAGGAAACGAGAUGUUGAGGAUGUUGGCGAGGAAGAUGACUAGAUCAUUCUAAGACCGGAUUCCCUAACGUUCCCGGGUGUGCAAUAGAAUGAUCACAUCUCUGUUUCUUCAUGUAUGAUAGCUGUCCCUACAGAAGAUAAUGUGUAACUUUUUAUAGGAAAAGUGUGGUUUUACUAUUUUUGCCUUAUCAUUCCAAAUAAGAUCUUCUAGUCUGUUAAUGAUCAUAUCAUAUGUAGAGAACAUUUUUCAUUGACCCUCCCCCUACUGUGAAAGUCCCUAGCAGUUUAUUUAGAAUCUUAAUUUUUCUAAUUCAGGCUCAUUGUAUUAGUCAUUUUUAGCCCAGAAUUAAAACAUGAUCGCUUUUUCACAGAUGUAGUAUGGUGCAUUUCAUCCAUAAGUUUUUAAAGUUAUUUAUAAAUUAACUGAAGUUACAGUCAGCUAUAAUAUGAAAUGACCAUAGUCUCUUGAAUGCUAAGUUGGUUAUUUUUUUAGAGAUGAUCCAGAGAUCUUUAGUUUGAAGGCAAUGACUCUUUUUUGGCUAUGGAUAUUUGGGUGCUUUUUUGUCACACGAGUGACUUGGAACGUAGAAGCAGAAUAGUAAGCCGAGAUCGCUCAUGGAUCUUCUGAGGAGGUUUUAUUCAGUAAUAUAGUUCAUGAAUUUUGUGGUGACCGAUAAGAUUUUAUUUUUGAAGGAGAAAAUGCUUUUACUAAGUCCAGACACAUGCCGGCGAGCCCUUGCUUCAGGCUGCAGAUCGCAACAUGCCAACGGUUGUGUAUUUUGCUUUGUUUUUAGGUGCGCGUUCUUUUCCCUCUAGCAAUUCCUUUAUGAUCACCUUCCCUUCUUGUUUCAUCCUCUGUCUACUAACUCCAAAAAAAGUUGGGAAACUUGUGGAUACCCAGGAAAACCUUUAGCCUUAUACCUCAACCACAUUUCAAUGUCUGGGUUUUAAACAAGCAAAGCGAAAGCAGUGGGGUAUUCCUGCAAGAUGAGUACUAUUAUUGAUCGUUUCAUGCAAUACGCUCUGCUUACUGUAAAUCCUGGGUGACAACAUCUGUGACGGUAUCAGUAGGCUGAAGAAAGAAAAGAAGCAGGGGGACAUUUUUAGAAGCAGCAUUAGUAUUCUCAAGAAGUCAGAACAAUUGCCCAUUGAUAAUUAAUGUGAAGUUUUCUUCCCAAAUGAUUUGGAUCCUUCUCUGCAAAGUACUUCUGUUUUUUCUGAGUGGAUCUUUUAAUUAUUUUUUUCCUAUAGUUUUAAAACAUUACCAGAUUCAUAGCAGUUGAUUGGAAUAUACUAGGCAAUUGGAAAAAUACUCAACUAAAACGGUAUUAGAAUGAAGAUUUGUUUUUAGGUAGAUGUCCAUUAAAAACAAAGCGUUUGGAUGUGUGAUGUUUCUUUAUAUGCUACUAAGUAAGUUAUAAUGAGUAGACAAAUCUCUCUCUUUGUCAUGGAGGCUCCACAUUCAAGGCAAUUGCUUUUGUAAACAUUGGCUAUCUGAAAAAACUUCCCUUUGUUUUGAUUAUUUGUAUGUUAUUAAAAAGUUAAUGUCAGCCAAUGAACUGAAUUUAUGCUUCUGUCCUGGGGCACAUUCAAGUGACUGAGUGUAGUAGCGCUGCUGCUGCCUUUUUAGUUUAAUAUGUAUGACUUGGCGUUUUAAAAUACAAAUUAUGAAGUUAUUUGUGGAGAAACUAAAGAAGUUGCACAACUGACCGAAAGAAAACACUUGGGGUAAGUUUAGUGGAGGAAUUGGAAUCUCCAAACGACUAACAUUUUUCUCCUGAUUUUAACAAAUGAGAUGCCCUCCCUGUUAGUCCCUAAGGAUUCUUCAUUGCCUACUAUGCCAGAUUCUAAAAUAGUUAUUUUUAAAAUGGAAUCUAUAUAUUGACUUUCUUAUCAAUCAUCUUAUUGUGCAAUCAAAAUUAGAGUUCUUUGGUUUGAAAACAACACUUAGAGCCUCCAGAUAACUUUUAAGACUUAUUUAGCUUUGUGGGUGGUAUUUUCA